UGCCGUCCAUCCUUCAAGGUCGAUACGUCGACGACAUCUUUGGAGGCGCUGACACUGUCCAACAGUUAAUCAAAAUUGCAUUGCAGCUGAAGAACUUGUGCAGGGCGGGCGGCUUUCCAUUGGCCAAGUGGCACGCGACUCAUCCAGACGUGCUCACUGCUGUUCAAGCAGAGAAAGACCAGGGCUCACAAAUUACAUUCGACGAUUGCGCAACCAAGAUACUCGGAUUACGAUGGCUUCCUCAAGAAGAUUUAUUCGCAUUUGCAACAAGGAUCUCGUCGCAUACCGAUCAUCUCACCAAACGCCUCGUUUUGUCUAAAGUGGCUCAGAUAUUCGAUCCACUAGGCUUUGCAUCACCAGUCGUGAUCAAGGCGAAGAUGCUCUUGCAGGAGCUUUGGCUUCACAAGCUCCAAUGGGAUGAACCACUGCCAUCCCAGCUCUCAUCACGGUGGCUCAUCAUCAGAAAGGAACUCACCAGCUUGCGCAAGAUCUCAAUACCUCGGUGGUAUAACACAUGGAGUACAUCGACAGUGGAAUUUCACGGCUUUUCUGAUGCUUCUCAACUGGCAAUGGCUGCAGUCGUAUUUAUCACCGUCCACGGCUCAACUGGUACCACGAUUUCAUUGGUGUGCUCCAAAACAAAGGUAUCACCGCUCAAGCGGCUCACCAUCCCGAGACUUGAACUCACCGCAGCGCUGCUGCUCUCAAGACUCAUGCAAUACGUUCAAGCCACAUUGAAGUUGAACGUCACAGCAACUCACCUGUGGACGGACUCUGUUGUGACACUCACGUGGAUCAAAUCUCAUGCAUCGCGCUGGAAGGAUUUCGUGAGAAAUCGGGUCUCUCAAAUUCAAGAGCUCACUGCGAACGCACAUUGGAAAUACGUACCAGGUACGUCCAACCCAGCCGACUGCGCCUCACGAGGAUUAAGUACUGCUCAACUCCAAAGCCACUCAUUAUGGUGGACGGGACCACCGUGGAUACUCACCCCUGAAGCUUGGCCAUCACAACCCACGCUGUCGGACGAGUUGAGCGCUCAUGAGGCUCGUCCUGGCAUUGCGCUACAUGCGGCCGCAUCUCAACCGGACUAUCACUGGGACCUGAUAUAUAGGUACUCAACACUCAACAAGUUAUUGAAAAUAACAGCUCUUUGUUUCAGAUUCAUAUUGCUUCUGGGAAAGCACCGACGCAAGCCACUGGACUUGCACUCAGCUUUGGAGGAGGCCAGAUUCUUCUGGAUUCAGGCUACUCAAGCGGCAUACUUUACGCACGAGAUCAAGAUGCUCACGGCCAACUCGAGACUACCAACUGCUCACGCAUUUAGUCGGUUGACUGCGUAUAUAGACGCUAAAGGGAUCAUCCGAGUUGGCGGCCGCCUCAACCAAUCAGCACUAGCUCAAGACAGCAAACAUCAGGCGAUUUUGCCUCGCCACUCCCAGCUCUCAACCUUGAUCAUUUCACACGCUCAUCUGCGUACUCUGCAUGGAGGAACUCAGCUGACAUUGGCUCAUGUCAGGCAAAGCUACUGGAUCAUCGGCGGACGGGCUCCGGUGAAGUCGCAUAUUCUGCGGUGUGUCGUGUGUGCUCGGCAGAGGGGGAUUCGUGCUCAUCAACUGAUGGGCCAACUACCUCUCUCUCGGGUUACGCCGUCACGUCCGUCUACUCACACAGGAGUUGACUAUGCCGGACCGCUCACCAUCAAAACAUGGAAAGGACGAGGUGCGAAAACAUACAAGGGAUGGAUCUGUGUGUUCGUCUGUUUCUCCACCUCCGCAAUUCACCUCGAAGUAGUCAGUGACUACUCAUCAGAAGGAUUCAUCGCAGCCUUCCGAAGAUUUUCCGCGAGAAGGGGAAUUGCUCAGACCAUAUAUUCGGACUGCGGAACAACAUUCAUUGGAGCAGACGCCGCGCUCAAGAAAAUGUUCAUCCAGAGCUCACAAGAACAUCAACGGAUCGCUCAAGUUCUACAACAGGAUUGCACCAGAUGGGAGUUCAACCCACCAGGCGCUCCACACAUGGGGGGCAAGUGGGAGGCGGUGGUGAAAUCGGUGAAGUUUCACCUGAGGCGGACUAUCGGGGAGACUCUACUCACAACGGAAGAACUUACAACGUUGCUUACGCAAAUCGAGGCCAUUCUCAACUCGCGGCCUUUAGAACCGUUGAGUGACGACCCUGACGACGUCUCAGCGCUCACACCAGGUCAUUUCCUCAUUGGAGGUCCACUCACUACUAUACCUGAGCCAUCUCUGAUUGACCUAGCAACCUCACGCCUAUCUCGAUGGCAGCUCAUCCAACAGCGGGUUCAACAUUUUUGGGCACAAUGGUCGGCUCAUUAUCUGCAAUGCCAGCAGGCGAUAUCCAAGUGGCAUCAUCCUAACAACAAUAUCAAGGUGGGGUCCAUCGUGCUGCUCACCGACGAACGCUCUCCACCAUGCAAGUGGCCACUCGCCAGAGUAACAGCUGUGCACCCCGGCAAGGAUGGACUCACCAGGGUGGUUACCCUCAAGACGGCCACCACGACACUCACUCGGCCAAGUGCCAAGCUUGCGAUUCUACCCAUCUCAACUGAAUGA